AUGGCUGCCCGGGCCUGUCGACUGGCCGUUGGGGGAGGAGGAGGAUCCAGUCACGCGGAUUUCCGCCAGCCUCGUUUCUUGCAGCCAGGACGCCUUUGGGGCCCUGGGGAGAGGCCGGAGCGCACCUUUGCCCACUGUGGAGGCUCCCCUGGUGGCGGCUCCCCCGGCGUGGCUUUUGGGGUGGGGAAGGCGGAGCAGAGGAGAAGCCCGGCGCUGCUUGGGAAGCACGCCCGCUCCACUCCCCAGCCUCUCCGGACCCAGCAGCUGUCGGUGUAUUCUUCCUCCGCCACCAGGGAUCGCUCUGCCGCGUGCCUCCUGAUCACGCUCGCUCGCCGCCGCCGCGCCACGUCGCCAUUGCCGUCUGCGCCAGGUUCCGUCAUUGUCGUCGCCAUUGCCAUCGUCGUCUUCAGCCAGCCACACAGGGACCAACCUCUCAAUCCUUACAAAGGCUCAGAAGCCCAGGACGGUUACUUCUCCCACCGCCCCAAAGAGAAAAUGAGAACCGACAGCAAUAAUGAAAAUUCAGUUCCGAAGGACUUUGAAAAUAUCGAUAAUAGCAACUUUGUGCCCAGGACACAGAAGCAAAAGCGCCAACCAGAGCUGGUGAAAAAGCCCCUUAGCAAACAGAAAGAACACUUGAGGAAAAAACUGGAGCAGGAGGAGAAGGUGAAGGAGAAUUAUCUCCUGGGAAAGAACUCCAAUGAAGUGCUGCCGUUCCGUAACCAGGCCCAAAAGAACAGCAGCAGCUUCAAGGAUAUUCACAGCGCUCCCAAGCAGCAUCACUUUAAAAAGAGUGGGAACAGUUCACCUGAAAUUAGGUACGAGCAGCCACCCAAAUGCGAGAUUUCAGGCAAGGAGGCGAUAUCGGCUUUGUCCAGAGCCAAGUCAAAGCAAUGCCGGCAGGAGAUCGCAGAGGUUUACUGUCAGCACAAGCAAGGGAAGCUUAUGCCGGAGCAGGUGACGCGGUUCUGUCCUCUGGAAGGAAAAGCCAACAACAAUGUUCAGUGGGACGAGGACUCCAUAGAGUACCUGGCGGCCAACCCUGUCAGAAUUGCUUUUGUCUUGGUUGUUCAUGGCAGAGCUUCUCGGCAGCUGCAGCGCAUGUUUAAGGCUAUUUACCAUAAAGACCAUUUUUAUUACAUUCAUGUCGACAAGCGAUCCAAUUACUUGUACCGACAAGUUCUCCAGUUUGCCAGCCAGUACCCAAACGUGAGAAUCACCUCUUGGCGCAUGGCAACUAUUUGGGGAGGAGCAAGCCUUCUGUCCACCUACCUGCAAAGCAUGCGCGAUUUAAUGGAAAUGAAGGACUGGCCGUGGGAUUUCUUCAUCAAUCUCAGUGCAGCUGACUACCCAAUCAGGUAUAGUGAUCAGUUGUUGUUGUUGCUCAGUCGCACAGUCGAGUCCGACUCUUCGCGACCCCAUGGACCAGAUCACGCCAGAUUUAUUAGAAAACAAGGGUUGGAUAGGCUUUUCCUGGAAUGCGAUACACACAUGUGGCGCCUUGGAGACCGGAAAAUUCCUGAAGGGAUAACAGUUGAUGGAGGUUCAGACUGGUUUCUGCUUAAUAGGAAGUUUGUGGAGUACGUCACCUUUUCUAGUGAUGAUCUGGUGACCAAGAUGAAGAGGUUCUACUCCUACACGUUGCUUCCAGCUGAGUCCUUCUUUCACACCGUCCUUGAAAACAGCCCUCAUUGCAGCUCCAUGGUGGACAACAAUCUGCGCAUCACCAACUGGAACCGUAAGCUGGGCUGCAAAUGUCAGUACAAGAACAUCGUCGACUGGUGCGGCUGCUCUCCCAACGACUUCAAACCCGCAGAUUUCCACCGGUUCCAGCAAACCGCAAGGCCGACCUUCUUUGCACGCAAAUUUGAAGCUGUGGUGAAUCAAGAAAUAAUUGGCCAACUGGACUAUUAUUUAUACGGGAACUAUCCUUCGGGCACGCCCGGCCUUCGGUCAUACUGGGAGAACGCGUACGACGAGCCGGACGGCAUCCACAGCAUCAGCGACAUUGCGCUGACCAUGUACCAUUCGUUUUCCCGCUUGGGUCUGAGGAGAGCGGAGGCCUCUUUCCACACAGACGGCGACAACAGCUGCCGGUACUACCCAAUGGGCCACCCGGUUUCAGUCCACCUCUACUUCCUGGCUGAUCAUUUUCAGGGCUUCCUCGUUAAGCAUCAUGCUACCAAUUUGGCUGCCAGCAAACUAGAGACCUUAGAAACGUGGGUGAUGCCCAAGAAAGUCUUCAAAAUUGCAAGCCCUCCGAGCGAUUUUGGCAGGCUGCAGUACUCAGAGGUUGGAACUGAAUGGGACGCCAAAGAGAGGAUAUUUCGGAAUUUUGGUGGACUUAUGGGGCCCAUGGACGAACCUGUUGGCAUGCAGAAAUGGGGGAAAGGUCCAAAUGUCACUGUUACCAUCAUCUGGGUGGACCCCAUAAAUGUCAUUGCCGCUACCUAUGACAUUCUCAUAGAAUCCAGUGCUGAAUUUACUCACUACAAGCCACCUUUGAAUUUGCCCCUCCGGGCUGGAGUCUGGACUGUUAAAAUCCUGCAUCAUUGGGUACCCGUCGCUGAAACCAAAUUCUUGGUGUCUCCUGUGACAUUUUCCAACAAGCAACCCAUCAGACAAGAUGAAGCCUUGAAGUUACACAGCGGACCCCCGAAUAAUGCCUACAUGGAGCAGAGCUUCCAAAGCCUGAACCCUGUCUUGAGCAUUCCCCUCAGUGCUGCACACAUGGAGCAAGCGAAGAAGAACGCUGCCCUCACUGGCACCAAGUUGGAGAACUGGGUGGAUAGCUUGGUUGGCAGCGUGUGGUCAGCGGUGGAUGUCUGUAGCGCGGGGCCCACUUCCUGUCCGGUCAUGCAGGCCUGUAGCCAGACUUCGUGGAGUUCGCUGAGUCCAGACCCAAAGUCUGAGCUGGGCCCCGUUAAACCGGACGGGCGGUUGAGGUAG